AUGCGUACAGUACCAAGGAAGGCAAAGUCCACCACGGCCGGAAUGAAGCGAAAGAGGGCUGCUGCGCCAGGAGCCAAAGACACUCUCGCAGCCGCAAUCGCUGUCUCAGCCGGAGCCGUUUCAUCAGUCGGAGGCGCUCUAUCGGGCAAAGCCGCUGCAUCAGGCAAAGACGCUCCAGCAACAGAGAGCACUCCAGCAGCCAGGGACGUUCUCGGAUCCGACGGCACUCCAUCAGCAGGGAAUGUGACCGAUGCCACAACUCCAACGCCCAAGUCCAACCGCCCAACACGCGUUGCAACCAAGCGGCGCUACACCAUCGCCGACUAUCCGGGCUUCGACGACGAAGAUUUUGAGCAUGAUCUAGCUGACUCGUCCGAUGAAGUGGAAGACGAGGAGGGUGCUGUGCGCACCUCAAAGAAGCGCAAAGUCUCCAGCCCAAAGAAACGGAACGAGCCGAAACCGUUUCCGUUCCUCUUGCUUCCGGCCGAGAUCCGAAACACCAUCUACGCCUACACCCUCACCACUGAGAACGAUAUCCGCAUCGAGGCCAAGACAAGAGCUUCUCGUCGCGUUGCUAUGUUACAAGCACCGAACGAUCGCAGUAAACGGGCUUCCUUCUUACCUGCGCUUCUCGCCACGAACCGCCAAGUCUAUCAGGAAGCUGCAUCGGUUCUGUACAGCCAGCCCCUUAUCUUCAUCGAUGCCUACGGCCUAUACUCCUUCCUAGCCCAGAUCGGCAGCGCCCGACCCCUUGUCAAGAGCAUCACGCUCGAGAACAUGAUCCACGGCCGCAGCAUGCACAAACACUGCAACCAUUCCGCAUUCACGCUGCUGAUCGGCUGCACGAGUCUCAAGCGGAUACGCCUCGGUCGUGGCGCUAUCUCAUGGGGCCGCACCACGUCACGGAUAGCUCGCCAUUUCUACCGCGAAGCGCACUACUGGCUUGAAGAUGUGGGCCGGCAGAAAGGCCGCAGGGAUGCUGCCAUCGACUUGAUCGAGUUUACUGAAGAGGCGCAGGGCCGUCUGGUCGCGGCAGCGGACGCGCGAUGGUACUAUCCGGGCUCGUCGCAUGACAUGGAUCUCGAGAAGGCGAGGCAGGCGGAGGAAGAGUUCCUCGCGGACUUGACGGGGAUGCUGUGA